UCAACUGUCAUAAUAGAAACGUGUGUAUUGGCCAUAGUAUGUGCAUAUUGUCGUGACUUAAUUAUUUACCAUUCUGCCUUUUUUUUUACACACAAUUGUGAAAUUCCAUCGAACAUUUGUAACACUUAAAAUAAACAAAGUGCAACAACAUGGGACUACCAAAAGGAUGGCUCGAUUAUAAUCGGGUCGGUAAUAAAGUUCAUGGAACACGUUUCAUUGCAUUUAAAGUGCCGCUUAAAGAGGGAGUCAACAGAGCAUGCAAUGUGGAUGAAGAAAAACAACUAUAUCCAAAAUUACUUGUGGAACUAAUCCCAAAUCUUGGACUUAUUAUCGAUCUUACGAACACCACAAAAUACUACCAUCCAGACGAAUUUUCGAAGUUUGGCAUUAAAUAUGAAAAAAUACCAGUAGUAGGUCAAGUAGUGCCUAAAAAUGAAUGCUAUAUCCAAUUUAAAAAUGCAGUAAACCAUUUUUUGGCAAACAAUCCAAAUGAUAAAUUAAUUGGAGUGCAUUGUACGCAUGGACUGAAUCGUAGUGGAUUUCUGAUAUGUCGUUACAUGAUCGAGGCGCUGAAAAUUCAACCACUCGAAGCCAUUGCCGCAUUCGAAUUGGCUCGUGGUCAUAAAAUGGAGCGUGAUAACUAUAUUGAUAAAUUGAAGUGUUUAAAUGACAAUGGAGUAAAAAUUCCAAAAAUAGCGUCGUUAGCAAUAGACACUGAAACGGAAAAAGGGACGCAAACGCAUCGCGGCUAUUGGAUCGAUGAAAGAAAUAUAGCACAAAAUCAGAGAACAUCAACUGGUUCGAAUACAUCGUUUGAAGCAUCAGAACAAAAACAGGUUCAAUUAGUUGGCUGUGUGAAUGUACAGCGACGUAAUCUUAUACCAGACGGUACGGGAAACUAUUUUGUACGUGUUAUGAAAAAAGAUAUUAAACGACAUGAACCACCAUCGCGUCGUGAACCAUAUCAAAUGCCACAAUCAAUUCAUCGAAAUGAUCGAAUACAUCCACGAAAACGAUCACAUCAAAAUAUACCAUCCCAACGGCAGUACCACCAUCACCAGCCACGUCCGAAUGCGCCUUACCCACCACGACCACCACAAAUUCAUCACACUGAAAAUCCUAUGUUUGUGAACAAUUCAUUGCCGGUGGGUGGUAAUAAUUUAGCCGAAAAUUUAUUGAGGAUGCAACACGUGAAUACCAUGCACAUAAGGGGUGGCCGUCCCAAUCAACCGUUUUAAAUACUAUUAAAUCACUACAUCAAAUACAAUUUUACCAAUAUCGUUCAAUUUUUUUACUGAAUAAACAUUUCAUAUAUUGUAAUACAAUUUACAUUUGUGCAUAACUUAGACAAAGAGAACAAAAAAAUAUAUUAUUUUAAUAAUAAAAUAUGAAAUGCUGAAAAACAA